AUAAUCACACCCAAACGAUCCUUAAAUGUUUCUUCUUCUUCUUUUUUCCUUUUUUUUUUAGCAAAACGCUGAUUUUAACCAGGGGAAAUUGUAGUUAGGGCUUUUGUUGAUCAUCGUCGUCUCAGAUCCUCCUAAAGCAAAAAUAUAUUCCUUUUUCCUUUCCAAUUUAAAAAAGCUUCUCUCUUCUUAGAUUCUUCUCUCUCUGUCUCUCGUCUUUUGAUCUUCUUUUGGUGUCACCGUCCUUCUCGUUUCACCCUUUUCGAUCAGACGAUUAUUGCGCAUACGUUCGGAGAAUUUACGACAUUCUUUCCGAUUCCACAGAUCAAAUUCGAAAUCAGUUGUUGAAAAUUUUGAUUUUUUUGGUUUGGUUUGGUUUGGUCUGAAGUAGUAUGGAAGUGGAAGAACAUCAAUAAAAGAAUAAUGACGCUUUACAUUCGCCGCGAAGCUUCAAAGCUAUGGAAGCGAGUUUGUUCGGAAGUAACGACAGAGAUUGGUCUCCUCGCUGAGAACUGGAAGUACCUUCUUGCUGGUCUUCUCUGUCAGUAUAUUCAUGGGUUAGCUGCUAGGGGAGUUCAUUAUAUUCAUCGGCCUGGACCAACGCUUCAAGAUCUUGGAUACAUUGCUCUUCCGGAGCUUGGUCAAGAUAAAAGCUACAUAAGUGAAACUGUGUUCACUUGUGUAUUUCUUUCGUUUUUACUGUGGACUUUCCAUCCAUUCAUCAUGAAAAGCAAGAAGAUAUACACGGUUUUGAUAUGGUGCAGGGUUCUCGCCUUCUUAGUUGUAAGUCUACCCUUUUCCCUUUGCUACUUUAAAAAAAAAAAGCUAUUUUCAAGGCCUGCUCCGUUUAAACAGGCUUGUCAGUUUCUCCGAGUAAUAACAUUCUAUGCUACUCAGCUUCCUGGCCCUAACUAUCACUGUCGAGAGGGUUCUGAGCUUGCCACGUUGCCACGCCCACAUAGCGUUCUUGAGGUGCUCUUGAUUAACUUUCCUCGUGGGGUGAUAUACGGAUGUGGAGAUUUGAUUUUCUCAUCUCAUAUGAUAUUCACACUUGUCUUUGUCCUCACUUACCAGAAAUACGGUUCUAAAAGGUUUAUAAAGCUGUUAGGUUGGGUCAUUGCCAUCUUGCAAAGCCUCUUGAUUAUUGCGUCCCGUAAACAUUACACAGUGGAUGUUGUCGUUGCGUGGUAUACAGUCAACUUGGUUGUUUUCUUCCUCGACAAGAAACUUCCAGAGUUGCCUGAUCGGACCACGGUGUUACUCCCUUUGAGCUCCAAAGACAGAACCAAGGAAGAGAAUCACAAACUCUUGAACGGGAACGGUGUUGAUCCUACUGCAGAUAGGAGACCGAGGGCUCAAGUGAAUGUGAAGAUUUAUGAAGACAGCAAUGGAGUUCACAACGAUAACGCUACCAAUGGUGCCUGAGGACUCGGCUCGGGUUUAGUUUCUUGCUCGUCAAGUAUUUUAGGGUAACACGAAACGUUCUCUUUAUACAUAUUAACCAGCCACCUUUUCUUUCUUUGCGUGCUUUGUUCAUAAGUCUUCUUUAACACCAUCUUACAACUUACAACUGUUUCUUAAAACUUCAGUUUAGGUUAUUAAUUUUGCCAUUUACCAACAGCAACGAGAAAAUCGCAAGAUUGUAGAGCAUUUUACUAAAUAGUAAAUGACGUUUGAGAAACUUUUAUAUACUUAUAAACAUCUAGUUAUAUUAAACUUUGUAUUAUUGUUACAUUUUUGUCAUUUUUCCAACAGUCUAUUGCAGUUCAUACUGUUUUU